AUGUCAAAAAACAAAAGUCGAUUUUACUCCCUGAUGAGUUCCCUACCAUUAUGCAUGAAGCCAUAUGACCAGUUUAUGCUAGAACUUCAAAAGCUUUCAAGGCAUAACAGACAAAAUGCUGUUUUACAACCGCCCUAUCUUUUUGGACACUUAAUUGAUUUACAAAAGCUGUACAACGAAGUUGCCCUGCGAGGUGGUCACAAACAAGUUACUUUUUCCCACCUGUGGUUGGAAGUUUAUCUAGCCUUAGGUCUGCCACCAGGCUGUGUCGAUGCAGGCCAUGGAUUGCGCACUAUUUAUCAGAGGUAUCUCGAGUUAUUCGAAAGAAACCAACGAAUGACGUCAAGAAGCAUUUUCACAUCCGAUGAACAGGAUGAUGCUGUUACUUACUUUGACGGUGAUGCUCAGGAUUUCGAUCAGUUCCUAAAAUCGUCUAGACAAAACAUUUAUGGGGCUUCUGUUCGUUUUAAUACUGAAGAAAUACCCAAUCACUUGCGAAAAAGUUGGAAUUUGAGUAUCGAUUUAAAAGAUGAUUUCGAAUACAUUUCAUUAGAAAAAUCAUUAUUGUCAGGGCUUCCUAAUGAAAUUGAGCUUGCGUUAAACACAAUCCUUCUUAUGUCUUCUCAACCAAAUGACUUCAGUAUUAGUAAAAAUCCUAGGCUUCUGGAUGUUCUGUUAUAUACUGUUGGCAUUUACGGACCAAAACAUGUCACGACGUACCAAUACAGCAGAUACCUCAAUUUUUGGGAAUCAAAUAUUGACAAAGAGAAUGGACGAGUAUUUCUUUCUCCCAUUGCCUUCUACUCAAAAAAGCUUCCUGAGGUUAUUUAUGAUGAAUUUUGUUAUCCUCCUGCUGUUCAAGAGAUGACAUAUGGUGAUGAAGAAGCUUUUCGUGUACAACUAGUCGCUACAGUACUACGUAACUUGGCUGUAGAUGAUGGAUUAAGUGCUGUCAUUAUCGGACGAAAUCCCCAAGCCUUGCGUUUCAUUUUCUUAUGUAUAUAUUCCAAACACUCGUGUCUACAUCAGCUUGGUUUAGAAAUAUUAUCUUCAUUGUAUUUUCCAGUUCUUGGUUCACUUAUACCUGCCCUCCAUCGUUUGCUCACUACUUUGUUAGUUUGUCCUGAUCGAAUAGAUCGCAUCCGUGGUUUACAGAUUGUGAAAAACUUAUGCUCAACGCCGCUUUUCGAUGUAACCUACGACAACAUUCCACCUGUAGGUACUAAAAAGGUUUCUUUAACCAGGACUGGUCGUAACUUAGCAUUUCUGACUUCAUUGCCACCUGUUACAUUCUCUUCUAUUGCAAGCACUUUAUGUUUGCGAGAUUUGCAUUUAGUAGUUCUUGCAAUAGAUACUAUUCACAGUUUAACCUGUCUCGGUCCUACUUUAUGUGAUCGUCUGCUUCAACAAGGAUCACCACCCGAAGAGGACUCUCCCACUUCCUUAGAACUUCAUAUACCCCACCAGAAUUCAAGCCUUCUUUCUCUACUUGUCGCUUUACUAAAUUUGGAAGCUCAGGCUAUGGGGUCGGACAGUCUCAUUCGCGUGCGUGUUAUGCAAGCAUUGGGUACAGAAUCUACCAAUACUAAGCCAUCUGUUUCAAAACCUUCAUUUUCUACCGCUUCUCCCCUUUCAAAAACAAUAUCUACCACCAUCAUGCAAACAACUUCAAGUUCAUGUAUUCCUCCACAAAAUCCCACAGUCACGUCAUCCACAAAUUCGACAGUUCAGCAGCCAGUCUACUGUGCUCAACCAAACCUAACUAUAUCGCUGAAUCAUCCUUCGUGUUGUACAAGUUAUCAUUUGAGUGUUUGUGACACAUUGCAAACUCCUACUGGAAAGACUUCAAUUCCUACAGCACCAAGUUAUUUUCCUCACAAUCUUAGUGGCUGUAGCUCUCCUUCUACCAGUCCCAACUUUUUAGCCGCCAAUCCAUCGGUCAGUGGAGUCCAAAAUACAGAUUCUUCUCGUGUAAAUAAACGUGAUUUGCUAGUUAGAAAUUGUCUUCCAGUCAUUACUACUCCUAGAGUUAACCUUUCUAUGCGUGAAUUUGGUACUGUUACAUCUUCAACGCAACAAGGUUCAGGGUCUUCAUCUACUAGCAAGCCAGGUUUAUCUGUGAUACAGUCGUCACACAUAACAUCACCUAUGAAUUCUGCUACUGUAAAUACUAGUAUCUCAUCUACAAAUGAUCUCAUGAGUAAAGUGUGUUUACCUCAAAAGUUAUCUAGUACACCGGCACUCAACACACCUUCUACUAUUAACUCAGAAAUUCAAAAACAUGUAAAUCCACCAUCAAAGCCCCUUGCUACUGAAAAUGGUAUACCUCAACUUGAUAGACGUGAAUUCAUGUUUGAAUGGCUUAAAAGUAAUUAUGCUGUACAUAAUCACUCUAGCAUUCCGCGUAUUCAAAUAUAUAAUGAAUAUCAAAAAGCACAUCUACAACGAUUCAAAAAUAUUGUUGCGAUUUCGCCUGUUGACUUCCAUUCACAAAUUAAAACUAUAUUUCCUGGAGUAGGUCAGGUGAAAGUACAAGUACCGGGAGGAAGUGUAGAAAUUCACUACAACAACUUAAAACAUGUUAAUGCUCCUGAACCUGAAAGUCAACAAGGCAUAAAUGAUAUUAUGGCAUCUGUUUUAAGUCCCACCAAAAUUGAAUCCAUGUGUCAUGAAUCACGUUCUCCAAAAACCAAAUGCCGUAAAAGACCAGCAACUGGGGCCUUUCUUCAUCCUGCAUCUCCUAAACUGGCUUCAAAAAAUGAGGAUCUGCAAAACCAGGUACUUAAAAGUUCACAAAUUGAUGUUUGUGAUUUGAAUGGCCAUCUUGAAUCCCCUAAAUUAACUAAUGGACAGUUAGUUUGUCCUUUAAAUGGUUUAUCUCGUGAUACUACAGACGUGCUCAACAUGACCACAAGACUUCAUAAUGGAUCACCUCUCAGGAAGCUGAAUGCUUCAUUAAAUACAAAUGAAGAUGGUUGUGUUCAAAAGAAAUGUACAACGCCUGUACGAGCAACAGCAGUGGUAUCCUUACCCGACUCCAAGAUUAUGAUCGUUCCUGUCUUUACUACUUAUGGUAUGGGCCAUAAUUUGACACUCAACGGAACUCCAACUAGCGAAGUUCCCAUGUUGGUCAAAAUGCAUACCUCUGAGAACCAUGAAAUUAAUAAAGCUAACAACACUAUUCCGAUUUGUUCUAACAUUGACCAUACUACAACUAUUUCUAAAACUAAAGUCAACGUCAUCACGUCUUCCUUAACACCGAACAGCAUAUCAUCUACUUCAUCGGAUCGUAGCUGCAAACUAGCAAAGCAAUUAGAUGACUCAAUUAUUUCAGGAAAUUAUACAAACAGGGUUUCCACUGAUCUUGGUAAAUGUGUACAAUUAUUCUGUAUGUGGGAUAAAUGUAUGCAAAUAUUUUCAGGAUCAAAUAAAAUGUGUUUGGGGAACUGUUCUGAAGUGAUAUCUGGUCCCGGUUUUGAUAUACUGAUGGAUCAUUUACGUGCUAAACACAACAUUCAAUUACCUGUUAGUAUGGAAUCUUCACCGAAUGGUUUAUCAAAUAAUGAUCAUGUUAUAUCUUCUGCAGUUAAUAAAAAUCAACCGAUUUAUACUCCAGUGAAUUCCGAAACAGUUUCAGAAAAAAAUUCAAGUCAUUCUUCAUGUCAAAUCGAAAAGCCGUUCGUGUAUGAUGAAUUACAAUUGUCGAAUAUUCUAUCAGAAGAGUGUCGUAGAGCUCUGACUGGAGGAAUUCCUAAUCCACCUUUUGCACCUACACCAGUUCAUGAAGGGCCUGUAACUAAGCACCUCCGACUUACUGCGGCUCUAGCUUUAAGAAAUUUAUUACAAUAUAGUGAUGUUGCACGACGUUAUGUAAGUUCUUGUGAGAAUCUUUUAUGUGAUUUAGCCUUUGCUAAUCUUGAAUCUUCUCCGACAAUUUUUGAGUGCCUCACACUAUUAUCCAGUUCGUUUGAUGAAAAUACACCAACAACAUCAACAUCGACAACUCAGUAUUGUAUAGAUGAGAAGCAUAUUUUCUGAGUAUCACUAGAAACACAAAAUUAAUCUUGCAUUUAAUC